AUGCCCAGUGAUUUCUCCUUGGCCAGGAUCGAUGACAACGAUGGGGAGUUUCUCUUGAUAGAAGCGGCUGAUUUUCUCCCAAAGUGGCUGAAUCCUGAGAACAGUGACAACAGGGUGUUCUUUUACAAAGGAGAGCUGCACCUCAUCCCGCUGUCAGAGCCCCACGAGCAGGAAUGUGACCUGUCUGCUCCCACUCCAACGAUCUCGCAGGCAUUAACGCUGUUAUCCACCCGUUCUGAGGAGUUCCUGGCUGCAGAGCCCAUUAGAACAGCAGUGUAUAAGCGCAUCAGUGGGUAUCCUGAGAAAAUUCAGGCCUCGUUUCACCGAGCCCACUGCUACCUUCCGGCAGGCAUAGUGGCAGUGCUGAGGCAGCGCCCUUCCUUGGUGGCUGCAGCAGUCCAGGCCUUUUACCUGCGAGAUCCUGCAGAUUUACGAGCAUGUCGUUCUUUUCAGACUUUCCCUCCAGACGAGCGUGUGAUGACUGUAGUUACUUUCACAAAGUGUUUAUAUGCACAACUGGUGCAGCAGAAGUUUGUUGCGGAUAGACGCAGUGGGUACACGCUGCCCCUCCCAUCUCACCCUCAAUACAAGGCCUAUGAACUGGGCAUGAAACUGGCUCAUGGCUUUGAAAUUUUGUGCUCCAAGUGCAGUAAAGUAUCUCCCAAUUCCAAGAGAAAUGUUUUAAGGGGUCCCUUGUGGGAAAGAUUCCUCAGCAGCCUAAAGGAGAAGAAUUAUUUCAAGGGACAAAUGGAAGGAUCUGCUCAAUACGUGGAACUGUUGCAUAUGGCAGAAGAUUACUUCCAGCAAUCUGUUACCAAGCCAGAAAGCUCUGUUGAAGUGAGCCCAGGUGAUGAAAUCUUGACAUUGCUACAGGCAACAACUAUUGAUUUGAAGGAAUUUGAGAGAGAAGCUGCUAGUCUUCCUCCAGAGGAUGAUGACAGUUGGCUGGAGAUUACACCAGAUGAUCUAGAUCAGAUGCUGAAGGAGGCAAGAAAUGAGUCCCUUCCUUCCGCAAAUGAGGAUGAGCAGAAAUACGACUUGGAAGCAGUUGCUGAAAGUAUGAAGGCUUUUGUAUCCAAAGUCUCAACGCAUGAAGGAGCAGAAAUGCCAUGGUCAUCUGAUGAAUCCCAUGUUACCUUUGAUGUAGAUUCUUUUACAAAAGCAUUAGACAGAAUUUUAGGGGCAGACUCAGAAGAGCUGGAUUCUGAUGAUCUGGAUGAAGAAGAGGAGUUUGAUUUCUUGGAUGAGGAUGAUGAAGACUUAGAUGCUGAAAAUCAAAGGGAAGACCAGAAGGAAUCACCUAACGAGCUUAUAGGCAGUCUCAAGUCAUAUAUGAAUGAGAUGGACCGUGAACUGGCACAUACCAAUGUUGGCAAAAGCUUCACUGCCCAAAAGAAAGGGGCAAGUUCUGUUAAUGCAACUACAUCUCAAAGUGCUGGCCCUGAUUCCGGAGCUGAAGAUACCGAGUUGACACCAGUUGAUGUGGAUAUGAACCUCGUAGCUAACCUGCUUCAAUCCUACAGUGCUCAGUCUGGACUGGCAGGACCUGCCUCUAACAUUUUACAGAGCAUGGGCGUGUGUUUACCUAACAAUGCAGACCAUAUUGGCUCUAAUAAUUGAGCAACAGAAUAAAAGACUGUCUUAAUUCAGAAAACAUGGCUGAUUGAGAAAUGAAGCACAGAAAGACUAAUAGUAUUUGGAGGAAGAGACAAAAGGUUUGAAUUGAAAACAUUUAUGUAUUUGUGUGACUUUAAAAGAUACAAAGUGAAUUUACCUGCAAAAGCUGUCUGUUUGGAUACUCUCUUGGAUAGAAAUCAGAUUUUUCCAGUGCUAACAUGUUUUCAGAAAAGUGAAAAAUCAUAUUGUGGCUUGAAUGAAAAUUUGAUUAUAAAACCUGUCUUCAGUUUUUCAAAUCAGUGGUCCAGUUUGCCAUGAAAUGUGCUUUGAAAUGUCCUUUUACUAGGUGGUUUCAAUAUCUGGAAAGCAGUUCAUGUUCUGAAAAUGCUGCUGCCUUCAGGGGGAGGUAGAGGAAUACCGUAUUACAGGAACAGUGUUCUCCUGGGGAUUUGGGAACACUGGCUAAAUGUUCAGCAGACGCUUAAUUGCUUUUCCAAAAGUACAGUGCUUCAUUGUAAGCACAUCUAAUAAUUACUGUAAGAAUCUGUUCUUUAUUAACCAGGAGGAUUUGAAGAGUAAUUGGAUUGAAUAUGUAAACAUUGGCUAUAAGUAUAUUUUUGAAUUUAUUUAAAUAAAACCUGAAAUACAACUUGAUUAUUGGA